AAACAGCAACAGCACGGUAUUGAUCUACAGAAGAAACAGCAACAGCACGGUAUUGAUCUACUGAAGAAACAACAACAGCACGGUAUUAAUCUACAGAAGAAACAGCAACAGCACGGUAUUGAUCUACUUGCUGUUGUUGUUUCUUCAGUAGAUCAAUACCGUUCUGUUGCUGUUUCUUCUGUAGAUCAACACCGUGCUGUUGCUGUUUCUUCAGUAGAUCAAUACCGUGCUGUUGCUGUUUCUUCUAAAGAGCAACAGCACGAUAUUAAUCUACCGAAGAAACAACAACAGCACGGCAUUGAUCUACCGAAGAAACAGCAACAGAACGGUAUUGAUUUACAGAAGAAACAGCAACAGCACGGUAUUGAUCUACCGAAUAAACAACAACAGCACAGUAUUGAUCUACCGAAGAAACAACAACAGCACGGUAUCAAUCUACCGAAGAAACAACAACAGCACUGUAUCAAUCUACCGAAGAAACAGCACGGUAUUGAUCUACAGAAGAAACAACAACAGCACGGUAUUAUUCUACCGAAGAAACAGCACGGUAUUUAUCUACAGAAGAAACAACAGCAGCACGGUAUUGAUCUACCGAAGAAACAGCAAUAG